AGCCCCGAUUCUCAUCCAAAUCUAUUUUUUUCAAUCCGUGCUGCUCUGAGGGGAGGGAACUGUAGCCUAUUUCUCUCUUUUUGUUCCACCUCAUCCCUUCAUCUUUCUCUUUCAUCCUUGUUCUCGGUGUGCGCGCGCGUGAACUUGACGUUUGGCUCGUGUCGGGCUGAAGUUGAAGCGCGUGAUGCGGGCUGCGCGUGCGGAUCGGAUGGGAGCUCGCGGACAGCGCGUCGGCAGCAAUAACGGCACCAGCAGCGUGAUGUAACCCGCCAAUGGAGUUUGGAAUUUAUAACAGAAUAUGGAAAAGAUGACCAUCCUGUGUCUGUGCUUGCUCCUGUGCGCCGAUCUGCUGGAUUUAGCCUUCGGGUAUUUGACAGUCACAAUAGAUCCCUUAGCACCUGUUAUUGUGGGAGAGACGGUGACGCUCAAGUGCAACUUCAAGACCGAUGGCAGAUUGCGGGAGAUUGUUUGGUACAGGGUCACAGAUGGCGGCACCAUUAAACAGAAGAUUUUUACAUAUGAUGCCAUGUUCAAUACCAACUUCUCCCACAUGGAGGACUACCGCAGGCGAGAAGACUUGGUUUACCAGUCAACAGUUAGGCUUCCAGAGGUUCGAAUCUCAGACAACGGGCCUUACGAAUGCCACGUCGGCAUCUACGAUCGGGCCACGAGGGAGAAGGUGGUCCUGGCAUCAGGGAACGUCUUUCUUACAGUCACGUCGCCACCAAACAACAUCUCGGUGGUAGCGGAGAACACUCCUGCGCCAUUCAGUCGCUACCAGGCCCAGAAUUUUACUCUAGUCUGUACCGCCAAAGGAGGCAAACCUGCCCCAUCGGUAUAUUUUAAGCGCGAUGGCGAGUUGAUCGAAGUCAUUUCCUACGUCACCCCUACGGUAGCGGACGAAGGAGGAGGCUCAGCCGGAGUACGCAAAGCCAGGCCUUUAAUCGGCAGGGAUAUGGACGACACCAAAAUGCAAAAAUCGCUCUCUCUCCUCGGGCGCCUAUACACCGAAAGCCCGAGAAGGAGUUACACGGCCGGACAGCCGCGCUACGAGCCCAGCACGGCUACAGAGGCCAUACCGGAGACGGUGGUGAGCCGGGAGUUCCCACACUGGGUGCAGAGCGCCGAGCCACCCUACUACUUCAGCAGUCUGCACCUCCCGCAGAGCGACGGCUCGGUGACCGUGCAGGCCAAGCUCACCUGGACCCUGAAUCCACAGCUGGACAACGACGCCCUGUUCAGUUGCGAGGUCAAACACUCCGCCCUCUCCAUGCCUAUGCAGACAGAGGUUACUCUGGCGGCUCCGAAGGGCCCAAAGCUCCUGAUGACCCCAACAAGGGCAAAGGUAGGGGACACAGUGCGCAUCAGUGUGCAAGGAUUCCAGGUAGGAGCUCCAGGGGUAAGUGGGGGUUUUGAAACUAGGGCCAUGUGUAGUAAUGCAAUAAGACAUUUGCAGGCAGUCAAGUCUGUAACAGUUCUGUGUUAUAGUGGCCAUAAUAAAAUAAAAACUAAUAAAAAAAUAAAAAUAAAAAUAAAAAAUACAAACUAAUAAUAAAAAAAAAAAUUAAAAAAAAAAAAAAUAAAUAAAAAAAAGACAAUUAAUAAAAUCAGAUUUUUUUUUCUCUGAUAA